GAAUUAGAGUGGGGCUUAUCUGAAUAGAGGGCGGGCUGUAGGGCGGUGUAAAGACUCACGGACACGCCUUCAGGGGCACGAAUCUCUUUGGUUCAAGUACGCAGUGACUCCGGAGCAGAAGCAGCUUGCAUACCAGUCUCACCAAACAAAACAAGCAUGACCAAAUUUGGGGGCUGUAAACCAGCGGCUCUGGAAUUUAUUAGCUGAAAGGGAGACGCCAGCAAUUGCCCUCUGGGCCAACUCUCACUUUUUUGUUUUUAUUCGCCGUUAACACAACAAGGAACAAUCUGUUAUCUUAAGUUUUGUGGAGUACUACUAUACGCAUUCUUUGUGGACUACUGUAAGGUUUGCAAACGCGAUUUGAUUUCAGUAGAGGUCACUGUGGAGUUCAGACAAGACUUUGGAAGAGGACACUGGAAAGAUCUAUGGUCAUGGCAUGGUAGGAGGCUGUGAAACUCGAGACGAGGAACACAAUAUUUUGCAGCAGCUUGCAGGGGCUGACAGAAGAGCAAGGCCAUGGAGGGGGACUGUCUGAGCUGCGUCAAGUACCUCAUGUUCAUUUUCAACUUCUUUAUCUUUCUGGGGGGUGCCUGCCUGCUGGGAGUGGGGAUCUGGGUGCUGGUGGAUCCCGCAGGGUUCCAGGAGAUUGUGGCAGCCAAUCCUCUCCUCUUCACCGGGGCUUACAUCAUCCUGGCCAUGGGAGCCAUGCUGUUCCUGCUGGGUUUCCUGGGCUGCUGUGGGGCCAUCCGCGAGAACAAGUGUCUGCUGCUCUUUUUCUUCAUGCUCAUUCUCAUCAUUUUCCUAGCAGAGCUGGCAGCUGCAAUCCUUGCCUUCAUCUUCCGGGAGCAUUUGACGAGAGAGUAUUUCACAAAGGAGCUGAAGGAGCACUAUCAAGGCUACAACAACACAGACGUCUUCACAGCCACGUGGAACGCAUUCAUGAACACAUUCGAUUGCUGUGGAGUGAACAGCCCAGACGAUUUUGAGGGAAGCCGGUUCAGGCUUCUCUAUCCGGAUGACCUGGUCCCAGAAGCAUGCUGCAAGAGAGACAUCCACACCAGAGGGGGCGCUUUCAUCAGCAAGGAGGAGUGUCUCAUGGGGAACAUGCUGUUCCGCAACAACAAGGGAUGUUACUCUGCUGUUGUGGACUAUUUUGAGAUGUACAUAUACAUUUCUGGGGCCCUUGCUAUAGUGGUGCUGACUAUUGAGCUUUUUGCCAUGGUGUUCGCGAUGUGCUUAUUCCGGGGGAUCCAGUAGGUGGCGCUGUUUCAAAAAAACUUUUAAAAGGGUGAAAUCAAGAAAUAGUAAAUUCCUUGUAAUGUAAAAAAUAAGAAGAAAACUUGUUGAUUUUAAUAAAUCGAAUGACCAAAAGGGUUGUACUUCAGGGCUGGAACUUUGAGGUGCCGAAAACAAAACAGAAAAGAAAGCUAAGAAUGGCUAAUUGAAAGAAGACGAUAGAAGAGGUGGCUUGCAUUGCACUGAUGCUGGGGUGAAGAGGAUUUGAUUUGGAGGAGCAGAGAAAGAGGUCAGCUGUGCUAAAGCAAGACCUGUAUCAACCACAGCCUCUGUCUUCUGAUAGAACACAACAGGGCCACUUCAUUCAAACCCAGUAUCUGUUGUUCUGCUUAUUAGACUAAUCGAAUAGUGUAUUACUGGCAAAAACCUUAGCGUGUGCUUGCCAUUGCUCCCUCCUUAUUGGAGUAUUCAUACUACAGUAUGCCUGAAGUAUCCCCAGGAAGUCGGGGGGGGGGGG